GGCACGCGCCAGGAGCCGGGCAACCGCGGGGUCUGUAUUACAGCCCCGCAAGAGGCGUCCUCCACAGUCUCUGCGAGGUCACCAAGCUCUGUCCCAGCAGCGGAGGGGCCAGGAGGGAGGCCAGGAAAGGGGCUGCCGGCAGUGCAGAGGCAAAGCGGCCCAGAAGGGCUGCAGAAGGCGUCUUUGCGGGCGGGGGUCCGAGCCCUCCGCGAGGGGCGCCUUGCCGGACAGCUCCCCGCCCGAGGCGGGGCUGCGGAGAUUCGGGCGUCCCGGGUCGUGGGCGCCGACUGGGUCUUGAGGUCCCCUCUGAGCUCUGACCACGCGGCUUGGGCAUCUUGUGGGUUUCACAUCGCCCUCCAGCCUCGAAGCCAGCAGGACUGACAAAUAGCUUCAGCCACACUGUCCUUCCCAGCUAGAGGCGCCCGAGCCCGUCCGCCCCCGGGGACCAGUUAGAGGCCAAGGUUGGGGGGAGGAGGGCGCGCCUCGGACCGCCGCACGCCCUCUUCCUUGUGUCCCUGCCUGCGGGUGGGCUCGGCCGCGCAGACCCCGGGGAGGGCUUCCCCCCGCGCCCCUCCAUGGGGCGGCUGACUGGGGCUCGAGAGGGGACGGGCAUGGGGCGCGGCCUCCCCUCCCUCGCACCCCGCCUCCCCGGCGGCGGGGCCGGCGAUGUGGAGACGUGAAGGAACCCGCCGGCCGCCCCGGCUCUCCAGGGCUCCGCCAGUGCCCGCACGUCCCUCUGCUCCAGGGGCGGGCGGCGAGCGGAGCCAGAGCCCCAGCUUCACCAUGGGGCACAACGGGAGCUGGUUCUCCGCGAACGCCAGCGAGCCGCGCAACACGUCGGGCGCCGCGGCGGUGGGCGCGAACCGCAGCGCGCUCGGGGAGCUGGGCGGCGAGGUGCAGCUGUACCGGCAGUUCACCACCACCGUGCAGAUUGUCAUCUUCAUCGGCUCGCUGCUCGGAAACUUCAUGGUGUUAUGGUCAACUUGCCGCACAACCGUGUUCAAAUCUGUCACCAACAGGUUCAUUAAAAACCUGGCCUGCUCGGGGAUUUUUGCCAGCCUGGUCUGUGUGCCCUUUGACAUCAUCCUCAGCACCAGUCCGCACUGUUGCUGGUGGAUCUACACCAUGCUCUUCUGCAAAGUCGUCAAGUUUCUGCACAAAGUCUUCUGCUCUGUGACUAUCCUCAGCUUUCCCGCCAUUGCUUUGGACAGGUACUACUCAGUCCUCUAUCCACUGGAGAGAAAAAUAUCUGAUGCCAAGUCCCGGGAACUGGUGGUGUACAUCUGGGCCCAUGCAGUGGUGGCCAGUGUCCCUGUGUUUGCAGUGACGAAUGUAGCUGACAUCUAUGCCAUGUCCACCUGCACGGAAGUCUGGAGCAACUCCUUGGGCCACCUGGUGUACGUCCUGGUCUAUAACAUCACCACAGUCAUCAUGCCUGUGGCUGUGGUGUUUCUCUUCCUGAUCCUGAUCCGACGGGCCCUGAGUGCCAGCCAGAAGAAGAAGGUCAUCAUUGCAGCCCUCCGGACCCCGCAGAACACAAUCUCUAUCCCUUAUGCCUCCCAGCGGGAGGCAGAGCUGCACGCCACCCUGCUCUCAAUGGUGAUGGUCUUCAUCCUGUGUAGCGUGCCCUAUGCCACCCUAGUUGUCUACCAGACUGUACUCAAUGUCCCCGACACCUCUGUCUUCUUGCUGCUCACUGCCAUUUGGCUGCCCAAGGUCUCUCUGUUGGCAAACCCUGUGCUCUUUCUUACUGUGAAUAAAUCCGUCCGCAAGUGUUUGAUAGGGACUCUGGUGCAGCUGCACCAUCGGUACAGUCGGCGUAACGUGGUUAGCACAGGGAGUACAAUGGCUGAUACCAGCCUGGAACCCAGCAUGCGCUCAGGCAGCCAGCUCCUGGAGAUGUUCCACAUUGGGCAGGAGCAUAUCUUUAAGCCCACAGAGGAUGAGGAAGAAAAUGAAGCCAAGUACCUUGGGUCUACUGACUUCCAGACCAAGGAGGUAGUUACCACCUGCCUGGAGGGAGAGCAGGUGGCACCUCAUGUACCACCCCCAGGCACAGUGGACUCUAUAUCCCAGGUGGCACCAGCAGGCCCUGUAGAGCCUGACACAUUCCCUGACAAGUAUUCUCUGCAAUUUGGCUUUGGGCCUUUCGAGUUGCCCCCUCAGUGGCUGUCAGAGACCCGAAACAGCAAGAAGAGGCUGCUUCCGCCCUUGGGCAAUACCCCAGAAGAACUGAUCCAGACAAAGGUGCCCAAGGGCAAGGUGGAGCGGAAGAUGAGCAGAAACAAUAAAGUGAGCAUUUUCCCAAAGGUGGAUUCCUAGCAAGGACUGUAAAUUUCUGAAGCAACAGGGAGCUUCUGUAUCCCUGCCCUCCUUCACUGUGGCCAUAUGAGCUGUGUGAUCUCAUUGCAACCCACUGUAGGCUGAUUCUUCCUAUAGGAAACACAUGCUUUUGAAUGAAAGGGAAGUCUAUGUAAAAUCAAACGUGCUCAUUAUUGAGUGAGCAUCUAUAUUUAUCUCAAUGAUCCUGUGCUUAGUUAAGUCUACGUUCUUCUCUGUGGGAUGAAAACAGGGCACCUUGGAACAGGUCUUGGGAUAGGUGCUCUGUGUGCAUUUUCUGGGGAUUCCUCGGUUUGCCUGGGGUCAGCAGAGAGCACACAGAGAGAAGACAUCCAUGAGUUCUGAGGGAGCAGAGAUCCUCUAAGGCAGGGGUGUCCAACUGGGACCAGUGCGUGGCCUGUUAGGAACUAGGGUGCACAGCAGGAGCUGAGCAAAGCUUCAUCUGUGUUUACAGCUGGUCUCCACCAUGGGCAUUACCACCUGGGCUCUGCCCCCUGGAGUAUGAACCCUAUUGUGAAUUGCGUGUGCAGGGGACCUUGGUUGUGCACUCUAAAUUAUCCCAUACCAUACCUCUCCCACUCCUGUCUGUGGAAAAAGUGUCUCCCACAAAACAGGACCCAAAAGGUCAGGGGCCACUGCUGUAAGGGAAGUCCAAGAUAAUUAUGGAGUGGAGUGGCCAAAAAGAUGCCUAUUUGGGGGCUGGGGAUUUAGCUCAGUGCUUCUGCCACCUGCCUCGCAAGCACAAGGACCUGAGUUCGAUCCCGGUACCAAAACAAAACAAAACAAAAAGAUGCCUGUUUGGGUAACAACUAUAAGAAAUAAGAGAACCUUUUAUAUUGAGGAGAUGGGGUAAUAGCAUCAGACAGCAUUUCUGGAAACCCCAAUCUUUAUGACUUAUAUUCCCCUUCAUUCCUUUGACUGGAAUACGAGUAAGGAAUGGCUGUCUCACCCCUGUGUGACAGACAUGGCAAUGGAUGUGCCCAGGGGUAAGGGAGACGUGUCCUUGACUAUCUUGACAUUCUCUUGACCUCCCCGACGGCCCAGGAAGAGCAUUUUGACCUCUAGUCAUAGUGUCAGGCGGGAGACACUGCAGGCACUUCACUGUGGUCUGUUCCUUAAAGUGUGCUUUUUAAACAAACGAAAAGUUUAAAGGUGGGGAACAGAGUCUUAGAAAUGCUCAUGGCACUGUGCUCUUCUCCACCUGAUCUCCCAUGAAAGGUGCUAUGUAACAAUCUGUAUGAGUAAAAUAUAUUGGAAACACUGUCUUAUGCAAAUUUUUAGAAUUAUAAGGUGGUUAGAAAUGCAAAGGUAGCAUGAGCUGGGUCCAUUGGAAACAUCAAGCUAAAUUACCUGAUUAGGAAAGGUGAUUCUGUCUAAAAGACUGGCAAAAGUCUGAGAGAAUGGCCAGGUGCCCUGAUCUCAUUUUUAGUAUGUGGUACAACUUUGGUUUUCAUAGGCAGAGAUGGACAGAACAAGGAGACAAAAUCAUUGUAAACUGCUGAGGCAACACCCAGGCCAGGUGAGCUCUUCACUUCCUUCUUCCCAAGGAAGUUUUGGUAGGAACCAGAGUAUGGAGUAUGGAGGAGGGAGACCAGUGUCCUCUGCUCACUGGUCCCAGGGGGUGUCUCCCGCACAUGUAGUUCGAGUAUAGUAUGCUCUGGAGUUGAUCUCACGAGGCUGAAUUCAAACCUGGCACUUCAUUCUUAAUGAAGGUAAAUAAAAUGUCAGCCUCUUCUUUUCUCUGGGUCAGUGAUGGCGAACCUUUAGAGCUUUUAAUGAUAACAAACAGCCGGUUGCAGCACAAGGGCCACAGGUUUGCUGUCACUGCUCUAGGGUGUUUUGUUCUUUUUAAUGGUACUUGGAGGAGUCCAUCAGCCCCUUGAGCAAGGUUGAAAGGAAGUGGGUGUCCUUAUAGGCAGAUUCCCACAUGCCAAAGGUAGUCAUCCUAGCACAUCCCCUCUGUUAGCCACAUUGUCCCUUGUCCUUUGGAGGAAGUUCAGCCCAUAUGUGGGGAGUUUCCUUUUCCUUCUCUUGGGUGUGAUGUCUUGUGACUCCUGAAUGUGAGCCCAAAGACCCUAUCCCUGGAGAGGGAGUGCCUUCUUCUCUGUGUUUGUUGCUUCACAGUGUUGUUUGCUCACAGCAGAAGCAGGGGACUGGCAUCUCUCUUGAGGCCUGGACCCUGUGUGCAUGCCACCCAUUGCUCCUGGCCCCUGUAGUUCAUGCUGUGGCCUUUCAACCUUAUCUUUCAAAGCUUUCAUAAAUGUUACAACUUUUAUCAAGGAGAAAAACAACCAGAAAAUUCUAUCCAGCCUGUCAAAUGUAGCCAUUUUGGUGUUGUCCUGACUAUAUAUACAUACAUAUAUAGGUAUGUGUAUGUAGUCAUAUAUAUGUAUGUAUGUAUGUAUAACUAAAUAAAUUCCAAUAGAGCAGAAUUUGGUUGGGUAUAUUUCUUAUGUAUGUUUGAAGCAGACAGUUGACUUCUAAAAGGUUAUUGCUAGGUGUAUUUCUAUACUAUUUGAAGAAUAACAUUUUAAUAAAAAUGUAAAAGCAGUUCAAAAGUUGCAUGAGUUAUGUUUUCUCCCUCUCAAGUGAUAUGGAAUCUGAACCUCUCUCUCUCUUCCUUCAUAGUCUCAGUGAAAAAUAUUCAGUUUUCUCCCAUAAAUGCAGAUGCAGUGUUGUAGUAGCAUUUUCCUGGGUUGUUGCAAAAGGAAGAAAACUGACUCCCAAAGGAGAAGAUGCAGGUUUUGAGUAAAUGUCAUUAAGAUGGGCCAUACCUUGAGUUGGUGGAUGGACUACCCAAACCUCGAGAUGGAGCUGCACAGGGCAGAGUGGUGGGAGGCCCUCACGUCACUCAGGUGGGAGGGUCAACAGGACAGCAGUGAGAGGUCUGGCCUCCUGUUUAAGUCAGGAAAAAUCUAAAAAUCCUGUUAAAAUCCUGACUCCACCACUAACUGGCUUUG